GAGAGAUUAGAAGAGAGAUGAGUACGGAAGCAUUGCACCCGCAGUAUAUGGACCACUCUCUGGUCAAACGGAGCUCAGCCCUACGUUUCGUCGACGUGGGACCGCACCAGAACUACAACGGCAUGCCGAGCUUUGGGUUGCCUCCUCAUGCCCACCACGGCCACGGCGGAGAGGCCAUCGGCUCCGAGUCCAAUAUGCCGCCGUUGAAUAUGAACCCGUACGGGAUGCCAGAUACAACUCACAUGGGGGGUCUCAAGCUUAGCCCCCAGCACUCCCACAUGGGGGAGGCAUCCAUCGUGUCCUCCCAGGCCAACUACGGGUCGCAGUCAAACGGCUAUGCCCCCCACUCGCACGCCCAUGGACACCCGAGCGUCGGUGGUUACCCCAGCCAGCCCUUCACGACGGGACGGGACUUCUUGCUACGGCGGGACCCUCUCCCCGGCUCGGGGAUGCACCCGUCCCUCGGUAGUCUGUCAUCCCACGAGCCGUCGUACUCCUCCAACUCGGGUGCCAGCCAUCACAGCAUGUUCCCCGGGGGUGGCUCGCUCCAUCACUCGGUGGACAACUCGGCAACUCAUGUGAUAUUCCCCGGACUUCACGAACAGUCGAGCCACAGUGGGUCCAUGAACAGCCAAAUGCGGCUGGGGCUUCCCAGCGACAUGCGGACCGAUCAAUUCAACCCGAUGUCCGGACCCCGUACCGAUUACCUCACUUCCCCACAGCUCCAUAAUCACAUGAAUAUGAACAUGAACAUGAAUAUGAACAUUGCUCCCCACCACAGCCACGCUGCGUUCUUCCGGUAUAUGCGACAGCCGAUCAAGCAGGAACUGUCCUGUCUCUGGAUCGAGCAGGAACAGCCGGAACCUAAGAAACCCUGUAAUAAAACCUUCACCACUAUGCACGAGAUUGUAACGCACAUCACCGUGGAACAUGUAGGGGGACCGGAACAGACAAAUCACACGUGCUUUUGGCAAAACUGUCCGAGGGAACAGAAGCCUUUUAAGGCGAAGUACAAGCUGGUGAACCAUAUCAGGGUUCACACGGGAGAGAAACCAUUUCCCUGCCCCUUCCCCGGGUGUGGCAAGGUCUUCGCACGGUCGGAAAAUCUCAAGAUCCACAAGAGAACACAUACAGGUGAGAAGCCCUUCAAGUGCGAGUUCGACGGUUGCGAUCGUCGCUUCGCCAACUCCAGCGACCGGAAAAAACACUCGCACGUCCACACUUCGGACAAGCCGUACAACUGCAAGAUCCGAGGCUGCGACAAGAGCUACACGCACCCAAGCUCUCUCCGGAAACACAUGAAGGUGCAUAGCAAAUCACCCCCACCCCCGGGGGUGUUCGAACCCGCGGCCACCUCACCGACGACGAGCUCCGAGUCAUCGCAGUCACAGGGAGGAGGUGGAGCUGGUGGUGGUGGGAUCGGGAACAGCAUGCCCCCGGCCCCGAGCCUCACCAACAGCAACCCGGCGACCAACCUGAGCGAGUGGUACGUGUGCCAGACGGCAGGCGGUAUGCCCACACCGCCCAGCAAUGAGCCCUCCCCGGUAAACAGUGGUAACAGUAAUAACACCCACAUGAGUUCAAGAAUUCCACCAAGUUCAAGUAAUAGCACGUCGAACUAUUGA